CCCAUUACUCUCGAAUCACUCCUUGCCACGCAUGCCAGCGCACCAAAUCCAAUACUCGCUGCAUUGGAACAAGUUCUAUCUGAACGCAAUGUCCUCUCAACUCAAAAUACACAGCUUUGGAAACUUAUUGAGAAGCAACGUGCCGCAUACAACCAGGUGCUCAAGGAAAUUGAACGUGUCCGUAGCGAACGAGAUACCUACAAGACUCGCUUGCAAGCAUCAGGA